GUAGGAGGCGGUAUGCUGGGGAAGAGCGUCACCUGAGGGUAGGGCGAGAGGGAGAAUCUUCGUUCUUGGGUCCCCAUUGUUGGCGAACCCUAACUUUUGAUAGAACCCGGGGUUGCUCCUGCGGCUGCCCCUUCCGGGGUGGGGAAAAGUUCCAGGGUCUGGGGGCUGCCGAGACGCUGGCGCGCCCUCUUUAUACUGUCAGUCUCUCCUGCUGCUGCACCCGGCCCGGUGGUUCCCAGUCCCGGAGUCGGGUGUCCUGGGUAGCUUGAGGACACUGGAGCUGGGCAGGUGCCGACAGCCCGCCGCCUCUGCCCUCCCCGUCCUCGCCGCUUGGCGCCCCUGCCAGGCCGAUCUUCUGACUGCCAGAGCUAGGGGCCUCCGGAGACUACGUGCGGCCGCCAGCUCAGCUCGCGCCCACGCCUUCUGCUCCACUAGCCGCCUUAGCUGAGCGGAAAAGCCGGGACACAUUGCCUGCCCGGGAGACAGGGCGCUCCAGUACCCCACCCCGGAGCUUGGCGGUGCAUCUUUCCGCCCACAGGCCGCUAAGAUCCCCUGCAAAUCCCAGCCAGACGGAAGCCCGAACUGACGUUGCAGGGUAAUGGGGACCCAUCAAGACCUCAGUCCUCGGUGGGGUUUUCUGCGUGACGCUGUGGGGCGAACUAGAGGGAUUCUUCUGCUUGAAAUACUGCAACUACAGGAGUCCCCUAUUAUCCAUGCUCUUGCUUUUCAUUUUGCAGUUAACUGAAGUCAGCCGCAGUGGGAAAAUAUUAAAUGGAAAAUUCAGAAACAAUUCAUAAGUUUUAAGUUUUUAUUCUAGUAUAUUGUUAGAAUUAUUUUAUUUUUGUUAAUAUCUUACUGCAUCUAACAAAUUAAACUUUAUCAUAGAUAUAUCUAAGAAAGAGGGGAGGUGAGUGUCUAGGAAUGUAUCCCCUGAGGAUAAUGGGGGGACUAUUGUGUUAGGACACAGUUGGGCCCCAUUGUGUGCUAAGCAUUGGGUGAGGUGUGCUCUAGAAGACUUGAAAGUGGGGUUCUUGGGGGUAUGUCUGAUUGGAGGAGAAGAGAGAGAAAGCAGAAACUAAUUUAGCACCUAUUGCAGUGCUUGGCAACCAGUAAGCCCUCACUGAACCAUUCUGAUGGAGGGAGCAGGGGUAUAGAGGGCGGUUCUGUUCAUCCUGCCCCUGACUCCCUUGGGUUCCUGCAGACAAAAGUAAUUAGGUUGAGCCUUUAAUCACAGCUGGUUGCACAGGCAAGCUGACAAGGAAAAGGAGGGAAAGACAGAAAUUCUGAGGACACAGGGUGCUGGGUUGGCUCACAGGCAUGCCUCCCUCUGGGACCCUCCCACUCCGGCAGUUUGGGACUCAGUAAUCUGUUUUCUUGUCUCCCUCAGGACACUGGGUUCCCUAGGAGCCGCCUCAGGCUUAAUGAUUGUCCAGAAGGCAGCUAUAAAGGGAGCCUAGGAGGCUGGGUGGAGGAGGGAGCAGAAAAAAACCAACUCAGCAAAUCUGAGCACUGAGAGCUACAAGUAGGAGCUGUGGUAAGAGGCUGCGUCCUGGCCUGCAGGGACUGCUCUUUUCUACCAUGGCACCCCAAAGCUAUGGCUAUUACCGCACUGUGAUCUUCUCAGCCAUGUUUGGGGGCUACAGCCUAUACUACUUCAACCGCAAGACCUUCUCCUUUGUCAUGCCAUCAUUGGUGGAAGAGAUCCCUCUGGACAAGGAUGAUUUGGGGCUCAUCACCAGCAGCCAGUCAGCAGCCUAUGCCAUCAGCAAGUUUGUGAGUGGGGUGCUGUCCGACCAGAUGAGUGCUCGCUGGCUUUUCUCCUCUGGGCUGCUCCUGGUUGGCCUGGUCAACGUAGUCUUUUCCUGGAGCUCCACAGUACCUGUCUUUGCUGCACUCUGGUUCCUUAAUGGCCUGGCACAGGGGCUGGGUUGGCCCCCUUGUGGGAAGAUCCUACGGAAGUGGUUUGAGCCAUCUCAGUUUGGCACUUGGUGGGCCAUCCUGUCAACCAGCAUGAACCUGGCUGGAGGGCUGGGCCCUAUCCUGGCAACCAUCCUCGCCCAGAGCUACAGCUGGCGCAGCACACUGGCCCUGUCUGGGGUACUGUGUGUGGUUGUCUCCUUCCUCUGUCUCCUGCUCAUCCACAAUGAACCUGCUGAUGUUGGCCUCCGUAACCUGGACCCUACCCCCUCCAAGGGCAAGAAGGGCUCCUCGAAGGAGGAGAGUACCCUACAGGAGCUGCUGCUAUCCCCCUAUCUGUGGGUGCUCUCCACAGGCUACCUUGUGGUAUUUGGAGUAAAGACCUGCUGUACAGACUGGGGCCAGUUCUUCCUUAUUCAGGAGAAAGGACAGUCCGCCCUUGUGGGUAGCUCCUAUGUGAGUGCCCUGGAGGUUGGGGGCCUUGUAGGCAGCAUUGCAGCUGGCUACCUGUCAGACAGGGCAAUGGCGAAGGCGGGGCUAUCUGUCUACGGGAACCCUCGCCACAGCCUGUUGCUGUUCAUGAUGGCUGGCAUGACAGUGUCAAUGUACCUCUUCCGGGUUACAGUGACCAGUGACUCCCCCAAGGAUGUUGCUUUCUGGACUCCGGCUCUCCACCCUCUUGCUGAGCUCACAGGCUUUACAGAGCAUGAGAUCUGGAUCCUGGUAUUGGGAGCUGUUUUUGGUUUCUCCUCUUAUGGUCCUAUUGCUUUGUUUGGAGUCAUAGCCAAUGAGAGUGCCCCUCCCAAUUUGUGUGGCACCUCUCAUGCUAUUGUGGGACUCAUGGCCAAUGUGGGCGGCUUUCUGGCUGGGCUACCAUUCAGCACCAUUGCCAAGCACUACAGUUGGAGCACAGCCUUCUGGGUAGCUGAAAUGAUUUGUACAGCCAGCACAGCUGUGUUCUUCCUGCUCCGAAACAUCCGCACCAAGAUGGGCCGAGUGCCCAAGAAGGCUGAGUGAAGACUGCAGGCUCUGGAGUACCCUCUCACCUACGGUCUCCCUUUGCACACAGUGGGGUGCAGAAAGGAAGUGUUCCCUCUGGCUAGCACUCAAGCUUUGAUGUUCUGUUUCAGCGCCUUCUCACACUCAGGUGGCACUGGAAGAUAAUCUUUGUUCUUGGGACUCCUUAGCUCCUAUUUCCUGCUUUCAGAGGAAUAGGAAACUCCUGCAGUCAGGGUAUGUACUGUACCCUUCUUCUCCUGGGCCCUAUCCUACCUAUUCCCACCUACCUAUUCCCUGCAGCUGCAAGGCACCAAUAACCUGUGACUUCUCUGCCCUAAGGCCUCUCAGCAGUGGUCAGUAGCUAUUACCAAUACCUCAAGUCCCCAGUGGAAGAGAGAAGGCCACCAUUCUCAUCAACAGCUUGAGUACAGUACAGGGUAUGGAUGGAAGGAGAAGGUGACUUGUAGAUUAAAACUAGAUUUGAUACUAAAGAGUUAACUCAUUCUUUCAAAAGGGCUAAUAAUAAAGCUAGAGAUGGUUUUCCUUGGAAAAUUACUCAUCAGUAUGUGCUCUUUCCAUCCCAAAGGGAAAGAUGUUAAUUUCCUUGGAGUGGGAAUGCUGAAGCACAGAUGGAUACCAUUAAGCUGAUGUGUCUGAUGCCUUCAGUUGGAACACUGUGUAAUUUAAUAAUCAUUUUAGAGAUGAAGCUGGUGGUUGAAGGCAGGCUAUAUACCUUGAUGGAAGGGGACAGUAUGACAGUGUUUCACUGAUAGUUCUGGGACUAGAAUUAGGGCUCAUGAUUCAAGGUGUUGUAUUCAACAUGUUUUAAUUUCUGCCAAAAUAUAGUAUUUCAACUUCCCAGAA